AUGGCACGCACAACCCCACAUACUUCCUCCGACAGCGCCAUCUCGACUCCCUCCAAUCGCAUUACCAAAUCCACGAGCGACCGAGCGAGUACUAGAAACACCCGCCAGCGUUCGAGGUUGCUUGCUGAGGCGAGUAUCAAGGGCAUGGUCGAUGAAGCACUACAUGUAACAGCCGGGGCGAGCGGGAGCGGCACCUCCUCAUCCAAGGGGAAGGGGAAGAGCAGGGUCGUGGAAGAGCCAGAACAAGAUGUGCUGGGCUACGACGAGGACUGGAAAAUGGUCGAGCAACCAGGAGAGCACCCGUGUCCGGUCACCGACAAGGACAUCAACCCCUUUCGAAUCAUGGAGCUGCCGACCGAGAUUCGGCUUGAGAUCUACAGAGCCUGCUUAACGCGACCCUACAACAUCCUCCUGUCCAAGAGAGAGAAGCCGCAGCAGAUCGAGUCGAUAUCUGACCACGACGAGGACAUGCUUGGUGGGCCUGAGAGUCCUUCUGACGUGAGUGACAACGACGGUGACCUUACGGGCACCAACGGACCGUCAUCUGCUCAAGUGCUGUCUGGUCCUCUGUCAAGUGUCCCUCGCCCCGCUGUUGCCUCUACCGGUCUGCAUGGCUUGACAGCACGUGCUGUUCACCGGCCACUUUUCCUGUCCUCCCGUAACGCUUCCGCCGGUUCUGCCACUAGCAAUGCGGUCACGUUUCCUGCGCUCACCCAUGGCGGAUCGCAGUCUUCCAACAAUGGUGGUGUCUAUCGAAGCAGAACGAUGCGGACCGGCCGCUUUCGAACCGUCUCUCAAGCCCGCUCCACCGUCAUUGCCUCCGCGCCAGAACCAGAGCGCAAUCAGCUUGCGGACCCACUCCUCGUCAACAUCUUACGAGCCAGCAAGGAGAUCUACAAGGAGGCGAGAGGCGUGUUCUAUAGUGAGAACAUGUUCACCUUGGACCUCAACACGGCCAUGUCGACACUGUCGUGCCUCCAUCAGAGAUCUCGCCGACAGAUCAAGCACGUCGAACUGGAGAUUCCGACUUAUAACGAGAUCCUCGAGCGUUUCCAAGAGACCGUGCGUCUCAGCCUGCGCUACUGCUCGGGCCUUAAGACUCUGGUCAUUCACAUGCCAUUCACCCUCCCCGGCGCAGAUGGCAGCGGUACAACCGGUAACACGACGGUGUACGCGAACGGAUUUGACAUUCUACGUUGGCUGCCUCAGGAGUGUGCGAUCGAGCUGAAGGGCAACAUCUGCACAGAGAUCGAGACUGUGGUCAACAAGCACUUGCACCUUGCCAAGACGCUUGACAAGCUCGCAUACGCUCGACGACAGUUGAUCUCCAACGACACCGGCCCAUCGACGACUGCACCGCCUAUUUCGAGUAGUUAG